ACUCAACGUGCACAACGAAGAGCCAACACUUUUGCACACUCAAUUUAACUAUAUACAUGAAAAAAAAAUAUAAUGAACAGAAAAGCAGCGUCAAGGACAAUUCGCGUAUAUUCAUACCAGAAUGGAUGUAAAAUUGUUUUUUAAAAGUUUUACUACAUAAGUAUAAUGAAAUUGUUGAUUUGAAAUAUGUGGUAGGUACUCGGCGGUUAGACAAUAUUGUCAGUUGAUCGUCUACCUUUGCUUAACUCGGUUUGGAGACUCGCAUAAAUCGGAUUGAUGAAAAUUUUUCGACUAUUUUUUUUUUGAUUAUCAUAAUUCAAAUAUAUAUCGCGAGUGACACACCGAUAAAUAAUAUAUUUGAAGAAACAAAUAUUAGAGAAAAAAAAACAAUUUGUUUUGUUUGAUAAAAAUCUCGCCGUUUGUGUACUUUUCAUUACAAUUUUCUUUUUCUGUUUAAAUUUUUGAGUGCUUUACUUGUGUGACAAAAUCAUGAUACGGUAUAAGUCUUGACGGUGCAACAGUUUAUACGGACAACAAUAAAAUAAAAAUAAAAAUUUAGAUAGAAAAAGUUUUCAUUUGUGAUAAGAAGUGAUACUUUGGUCUGGAGUGUAGUCCAGAUAUUUUUUUUAUUUUUCGCAUAGUUAAAUAAAAAUCCGCCAAAAUUGAUAACUCAACGGAAUUUGCCAUGGCGUCUGGCUUUGUGAAGAUCGCCAUGGAUGAAUUUUACUCACACAAUCCAAACAACUUAACUGGAUUAGUUCAACGAUACUGGAUGAUCGUUGAGGAUGAACUUGCAGAUCCAAGAGCGAAAAAUUUUCCGCUGAUGGACAAUCCUAUACCGUCUAUAGCAUUGGUAAUCGCCUAUUUGGCAUGGGUUUUAGUUAUUGGACCAAUUUACAUGCGAGACAGAAAGCCCAUGCAACUGAGAAACACACUAAUUUUAUAUAAUGCAGGACAAGUACUGUUAAGUGGAUACAUGUUUUAUGAGCAUUUAAUGGCUGGUUGGCUAAACGACUACAGUAUAACCUGUCAAUUGAUCGACUAUAAUGAUAAUGUUAGAUCUAGACGGAUGCUAAAUUUGUGUUACGUCUACUACAUAUCUAAAUUAACGGAAUUUAUGGACACAGUAUUUUUUGUAUUAAGAAAAAAGAAAUCACAAAUCACUUGGCUACAUUUAUAUCACCAUUCACUUACACCUUUGGAGGCCUGGUUUUUAGUUAAAUUUAUAGCAGGUGGAAAUGCAACCUUUCCGAAUAUUCUAAAUAAUUUCGUUCAUGUAUGCAUGUACUUCUACUAUAUGAUGUCAGCUAUGGGCCCUCAAUAUCAAAAAUAUUUGUGGUGGAAGAAAUACAUGACCGAAUUGCAAAUCGCUCAAUUCAUUCUUUGCAUCGCUCACACAAUACGUGCUCUGUGUUCGGAUUGUCGGUUCCCAGCUUUUGUGUCUGGCUUAUUGCUGGUAAACGCAUCAAUAUUUUUCAUUCUUUUUAUGAAUUUCUACAUUCAGGCAUACAAAAAGAAUCAUGCGCUGGAGAAAAAAAUUGACUGAAAAUUUUCGCACACAAAAAUGAAAUUAUUUAAAGAAAGAAGUAGAAGAAACGAAAAACACCUGAAAAAAUUGUAAAAACUUUUGAACAUGUAAAUGAAAGCAAAAAC